AUGUUAACGUAUCCGCAUGUCUUUGGCAAGGCUCAGGCCAUGAUCGAUGAAGUCGUUGGUCAUAAUCGCUUGCCUGCUUUCGAAGACCGGGAGAAGCUGCCAUAUGUCGACGCGAUGAUUGAGGAAGUCAUGCGGUGGCGACCUAUCCUACCAGCUGGGCUGGACCAUGCGGCCGUUGAGGAAGAUGAGUACAAGGGAUAUAGAAUUCCGGCGGGAGCGACGAUAAUUCACUCCCAGUGGGCGAUUACGCGGGACAAAGAGGUGUAUGGCGCGGACUGCGACGACUUCAGGCCGGAGAGAUGGAUCGAGAAUGGAGAUCUACCCAAAACCGCCUUUGGAUACGGAAGACGACUUUGCCCAGGCAGGCAUGUAGGCAGAGAAGGCCUAUGGAUAUUGUUUGCCCGGCUCAUUUGGGCAUUUCGUCUUGAGCAGACGACGGAUCCGGUCACACUGAAGAAGAAAGUGGUUGAUCCGAUGUCCAUGAUGCCGGCGGGCUUCGUUAUUGGGCCAAAUCCUUUUGAAGCAUUGUUCAUUCCUAGGGGUCCAUGGGUUGAGGGCCUUGUACAUCAAGAUCUUCAAGGUGCAGAGAAGGAUGUUGGAAAGAUCAUGGAGCAGGUGAACACGGAAAAGAGGCUCUAG